AGUAACUCUGGUUGAACGUGGAAUAAUUGACUUUCAUCACCGCAACAUUGGGUUACACUUUUACAGUGCAUUUUAAUUUGUAAGCGCUAAAAUAAAAGGUAAAACUAAUAUAACUAAUUAAUAUAUAAUUUUAUGCCUUUUAUCCUUUUUCAAUAUUAAGAUUUUAUCUUUGCAACUCUAGGAGGGUAGGGUGACAUUAUUUAUAUCUUUAUUAUUCAUUAUUAUUGGCGAGGCCAAGCGGCCAAGGCCAAGGGCAAUGAUAAUUAAUUUUAUAAAUUAUAAUUUAUAUUAUUAUUACCGGUAUUAUAAAUUUAUAAUAUAAUUUAAAUUUUAAAGUUGCAAUGUCAAAAUCAGACUAGCUUAAGCCAUUAAAAGGUUAUGAGGAACCGGUCUUUUAGUUUUUUUAACUUUGGACUUUUGCUUACAGUAGGGGCUGAAACUGAAUAACAUAUAACAGUGAAUAGCUUGAAGGUGGCGUUACUAACUUAGGCUUAACUUUCUUACACCUUAAAAUUCAAAAAAAAAAAAAAAAAAGAAUUUCUUCUAUCAAAGAGAAGUUUAAACGCACUUAAAAGUAGAAAAUAAUUUUAAAAUUCUUAGAAGUAUUAAAAUGCAUUACAGUACAGUAGAUACUUCGGUAAAGCAAGGGACAGUACAGGUACGCAAAGAAAGACUAUGCAGAAGUGUAGCUAAGUCUAAGUAGACGAAAUUUAAAGUUUUAUUUUUAAUAAUUUUUGAAAAUAUUUUCCACUCAUACUUUCUCUGUGUAAUGCAUUUUAAGAAAGUCUUUUCUAAAAAUACAUUAAAAAUUUUCUAUUUCUACUAUUAAGUAUUCAAAUUUUAAUCUUUAACUUUAAAUUUCGUUGUUUUAAAAAUUAAAUAAUUCUACUUUUGUAGAUAAUUGUAGAUAAUGCUUAAAAAAAUCCAGGUUAAAGUGACUUAUCCCUCUACCUAGGCAUAAAACUAAAGAGCAUAUCUUAGCUCUCCUACCCGUUCUUUGAACCACGAUCAACUGAGUGACUGAGUCACAUUUCUCAACAAAAUAAAUUACGCUGGACAGAAAAACUAACAAGAUGGAUAUGCGGGUAGAAAGAAAGUCUUUAAAGGGGGUACGAUCAUGAAGGAAAAAAUAUCUAUUUUGGAAGAGAAAAAAGACAUAAUGGGUUGGUUAGGCACUCCAAUACUGGACUACGCGGGCAAAAAAACCCGCCGGCUUUGCGUGGUACAUUUCUGUGACCAGCCGUGAAGGGCGGGUUUCGGUAUGUGUCGGGCUUUUUCGUUCCUAUGCGUCAUUUUCUAAAAAUAAAUAAGUUUCAGUCUUAAACUUUAUUUGCUGAAGAAUUCCGGUCACAGUGGUAUAAAUGCUGAGUCAUUCUGACCUGUUUCAGACGAACAGUUGGAGCAUAAACUUGGGUAAGUGUUAUGUCGAUCGGUUAUUUUUGUUAUAGUCAGUAAAAGGUUAAAACUUUUACAUAAUGCAAGCUUGAUCACUUUUACUUCGAAAUCAUUUAUUGUUAACGUUAGUGGCUAUUUCAGGAAUUUAAGAUAUCGUUUGAAAAAAAAAAAUCUACAUGUUAUGAAAAAACGGCGGCCAUCUUUUUUUACAUAAUUUUAUUGACGGGAGGGAGGUGAAAUUAUUUGGAAAUAAACGCUUUAACUUUAAAUAAAACAUUUCUAAGUCAUUGAAACAUCUGAUUAAACAAAAUUUUUUGAUUCUAAUAUGAAUAAAAAAUAUAAAUGUAUUCAAGAAAAUAUUUAAACAAAUAUUUUUUAGUUUAUACAAUUAUUCUAUAUUAAACAAGAAAUUGAUCAAUUUGCAAAUAUGAACUCCUCUUCAACAACAAUAAUGUAUUUAUUAGCUAUUAAUAAUUAUUAGAUAAACUAAUACUACUAGUAUUAGUUAUAAGGGUGUAUUUUUAGACUUAUAUACUUGAAUUAAAUUAAUGAAAUAAAUACAUUUUAAUACUAGGGAAAUUUCUUUUAUUUGUGUGAUUUGAUUGCAAACAAUUUUUUUUUGUCAGUCCACUCUAGUUAUUAUUCUUUUAUUAUUAGAUAAACUAAGACUAUACCUAUAUUCAUACUACCUAAUUAAAUAUAUUUAACACUGGGGACAUUCCUUUAAUUUAUUUUGUCUCAUUAAAGUGAUUUAAAAAAAAAAACAAUUUAUAUUUGCAAUGUCAUUAGCUUAUACUUCAGUCUGUCUUGAGCAUUUUCCUUUGUUUUUGCUAUAGAUUCCACGUGGGACAUGCAUUGCAACCUGAAGGAGAUCAAUAAACAACCCAAUUUGAUGUUAACAAUGAUGUUGUUUUUAAUCUACCUAUCGAUGAGAAUGAAGUGUUGCCACUGUUGCUAGAACUCCGGAGCCACAACCUUGUCCACGAUCUUUUGAGACAGUUAUUGCUCUGUCUUUAGGAUAUGUUGAGACCACUGUUAAAUUAUUUUGUAAGUUGAUAUUAUUUAACAUAGAUCAUGAAGAAAUAACAUUGUCAAUUUUAGUUUCUAAUGUUUUUAUGUGAGAUUUUCAUUUUGUUAAUUUAUAUUUUGAUUGAAAUUAUUUCAAUUUUCAGUUCACUAAUUUUAAAAUUUAAUUUUUAAAUAUUUUGUAUACUUUCAGCUGGACAAGGAUACCAUCUGUGGACAAGGACACUAUCCAUUACUGUGGAUAGCUAUAUUGCAUUGGAUGUUUUUAUGUUUGUAUUUAAAUGUACCAGUACAAUAAUGUCGAUGAGAGAUAGAGAUUAAUUUAAUAACUUUUAUAGAUAAAAUGUUUUUUAAUUUUGUAUAGCAUGAUUUAAAUUGCUUUUGUAAUACUUGAAUAUUCUGUUACAUUUGGGUUGUCACUAUCUAUUUGUAUUGAAAAUUUCAUUGUAGUAGCUUUAUUAGUUUAAAAGUUAUUUAUUUAAGUGUAAAAAUGUCUCGGCCGCGGUCGCUUUUCAUGAAAUAUUUUUUCUAACGUCGCAUACAUUUUUAUGAUCUGCAUUUUAUUUAUUUUAAAUUUACCUUACUUUUAGAUGGACAUUAUCUAUUUGUAUUGAAAAUUUUAUUACAAUAGCUUUAUUAGUUUAAAAGUUAUCUAUUUAAGUGUAAAAAUGUCUCGGCCGCAAUCGCUUUUCAUGAAAUAUUUUUUCUAACGUUGCAUAAAUUUUUCUGACCUGCAUUUUACUUAUUUUAAAUGUGCCUCACUUUUAGAUGGACAUUAUCUGUUUGUAUUGAAAAUUUUAUAGAAAUAGCUUCAUUGGUUUAGUAAUUAUGUCAUUUUUUGUAAAAUUAAAUUUUUCCACUACUGUCGUUAUCCAAGCAAUGUGCAAAUAAAAUCAAAUUUUUUCAAAUAUAAUACGUUAAUUCACAAUUCAUGUGUUUUGUUUUGUUAAACAUUGUAUUGUAAAUGUUUCCUCCAAAUUUGAGAGCUCUAACUUUAAUAGCCAAAAAGAUACAUGCAAAAUAGUACUAAAAGAGUAAUAAUGCGAUCACAGUCUUAAAAAUUAAAUACAAAGCUGAAUAGUGGGGAAAAAUAAAUCACUAAAAAAUUCAUAACUUUUCUCCUAUAAGUGAUAGAAAAAUUAUCUUGGUGUCAUGGGAAAGCUUAGAGCCAGCUCUUUCCAAUGAUAUGCUCUUUGUGUAUGUCAGAUGUAUUUGAAAAUUUGAGUUGGUGUGCCUAGGUUGGUGCCAAACAUUUCUGCUUUCAUAUCAUUUGUGGUUGUCAUGAUUUGACUAAGUAAACAUUGAGCAGAUGAUGUCACUGUGAAUUGAGAGGAAAGAAAUUAUUCAGAGUAAAAUUAUAAAUUUUAUUUUAAAAACUGUAUUUUUUUGUUUAAUUUAAUUAAUCCUACUUAACUUACUGGAAUUGAGUUUAAAAACAACAAAAAGUUUUUACCCAUUACUUAAGGAAAUAACUAUUUUAAUGAUUAGCCUGAUUCAUUAAAUCUUGCAUUUUAAAGAAAUUAAGCACCCUACUCUUAAACAUUAAAUUAGAAUCUUGUUUCAGUAUCAAUGAACUUGUACAUCUUCCCACAGCUCCCGACAGUUCUCAUUAAAAAAAAUUAAACCCACAAUAUAUUUUAAGGUCAAUUUUGUUUUCAGAAACAGAAUGUCAUUUGAUUCCCUACCUAAUAAAGAUGAAGUGGACCCUGAGGUUGCUAGUUUCAUUCAGAUGGAAUCCCAAAAAGCAGAACUUCAGGCCCAGGUAAUCAUAUGUUAUAUCCUUUUAAGAUGUUCUGCUUUCUGUUUCAAUGUGGUUGAGCUUAAAUAUUAAAAGCACAAAUAUUUCUAUGUUCUUAGAACUUAAUAGGAAUAUAUAUGUAUAAAAAAUCACUCUUAUAACAUUGUAACCAUGGAAGAAGCUUGUGAUAAGUAGGUUUUGGUAGAACCCUGUUAAAAUGAGACUCCUUAUUUCUGAAUUGCUUGCUAAAGCAGUCUGCUAGGUCAACAUUGUCCCAAACUAAUCCCCUUUAAUUAUCUACCGCAAUUUUAGAAUAUUCUUUAUAUCCCUUUCAUGCUAUCAAAUAGUAUCAGUAAUUAGGAUUAACAAUUUAGGAUAUGUUUAGAAGUAUUUCAACUUAUUGAUCUAUUUAUUGAAAGUCAUGAAAUACUAUGGCAGCUAUGUUCAUGUAUUUUGCAAUAAGUUCUACUAAGAGAGCUGCAACUGUUUGGAAAACUUUCAAGGGCUGUGGCACAAUUAAAGUAGAACACUCACAUCAAGAAUAUUCAUAGUUGUCUUGAAUGACAAAAUCAAUUACGCUUAAAUCAUGUAUCCUCUAUCUAUUUACUUUUUUCUGUAAUUCUUUUCUGUAAUUCAGCGUUAACAUGUUCCCCUGUUAAAACCAACGUCCCCUGGCCCAAGCGUUGGCACAAGUUCAGGAAUAAUGUUUUAGGAAAAAAAUAUUUCUUUUCAUGACAAUAUUGUUCUGAACUUGCCCUCAAAUUUAAAAGAUGAAUUCUACUCUCGAGUUACACAAAUUAUAUACCUUUUAGAAAUAUUUUUAAUUUAAAUGCAAUCCUUGUGGGAAGUCCCAAGGUAACAGUAACAAACUUCAAAAGUCAAGAGUAGUACCACAAUUUCAACAGAAGUUAUAACUUUGUUGUGAAUGUGUAUUUGAUUGCUUUAAAAGUCUCAGUAACUUUCACUGACCAAUAAAAAUAAUCUAAAUGAAGAUGCAAAGGUUUCAGUCUAAGAACAUGGUUCUUCUUUUUAUAAGAGUAUGUACUAUUCACUUCUCCUCAUGUGGAGAAAUUUCUUUGAAUAAAGAAUGUUCUGACAUUGACUACACAUUUUCUUUAAAACUGAAUAUACUUUUAGAUAUUUCAAAUGAUUAUAGUUUUACAGACAAAAUUUCAAGGAAUGAUUUGGCUCAAUUUUUGUUUUAUUUUGUUGCUACAUUCCUGUUAUACCCUAAAGUUAGCAUUUGAAGCUUUGACAUUGACCAUGUGCUUCCGAACAACUUACUUUUGUGAGUAAAUUUUGUAAAAAAAAAAAACAACUAACUUUAAAAAAACAUGCCAACUUUGCAAGAUUACACAUGCAAUUCAAUAAGUAAAAGGAGGGAACCGUAACUUUAGAUAUUCAAGCAAUUUCUAAUUCAAAGCGGGCCAACCUGACUAAUUUCUGCAUAAAUAUAUACCCGGUACUGAUUUUUUUUUUCCGUAUAAAAGUGACACCUUUUUGAACAAUAAUGUAAAAUUUGUCAUCAUUAAUAUUAAUAUGUUCAUAAAAUUAUUAUAUUUUAGUGUCAGGAAUAUAUUACUUUCUGGUGCUCGGGCUUUUAAGUUAAAAUAACAAUCGGAAUCCCUGACUUGACUGACUGCCAUUUAUUACACUGUUUAACAACUGAUGGCAUAUUAUGUUGUAAUGCUGCUGUUUAAGAAGUAAAGCCCCACAACCAUUUUCUUUAAGCUUUACUUUUUUUGGUCAAAAUUGACACACAUUUUGUGUCUCAUGUUUACUGAGCCAAUUGCCAUUUUAAAUAAAAAUAAUUUAUGCUUCAAUUUUAUGUGUUCUUUUAAAAUAAGUUCAAGAGAACAGCUUUCAAAAAGUGGAUCUUCUAUUAUUAUUAUCUGAAUUUAAUUAAUUUUAUCCUUUGAUUUCAUCUCAUUUUCAGGUUCAUAAGUUGGCAGAUGUCUGCUGGGAACAAUGCGUAGACCGCCCACGGGAUAAACUAGACAGUAGAACAGAGAGCUGUGUGUCCAACUGCGUGGAAAGGUUUAUUGACACAUCAUUAACCAUCGCAACACGUUUUCAAAAACUGUUACAGGGAGCAGCUAAUAUGUAGUAGUUUAUUGCAGUUCAUUUUGUGUUCAUGGUUGAUUCAUUUUGAGUAAAUAAACAUUUCAAUUUACAAACUGUGACUUCAUCCAUCCAUCUGUUGAGCAGUUAUCUAAACGUGAAUGGUUGGAUUAGUGGAUAUAAGCAAGAGUGAUUCGUCUUUAUAAUUGCUAAUGCAUGUAUAUAAUUUUUCUGUGUAUUUUAACAAUAAAUUAUAUGUGCAUCUGCAUUUUUUAAAUUUUAAGAUGUUAGCAAAGAACACUCUGAUUUGUAUCAGAAUCCCUGUCAUGUUGACUAGCACUACUAAUUGAUAAACUGUAGGGUAAUUGUAUGCUUGUGCUAGUGGAUCAGCUGUACAGUAAUUAUGAUUGUUUAUUAAUAGGUCAUUUGUACUGUAAUUAAAAUGUUUCUUUUGUUUAGUUGCUAUUUUGAAUUUGCAAAUAUUUGAUUACAUUAAAAGUUCAGGAAUAU